CGUUAACAAACGGCGUCCCCUGUCUUAAAUUACGAGUUUUGUCAAAAGUCUUUCCUCUUUCUCGCUUCUCUCAAAAAUUUGGGAUCAUUUUGAUAGGAGCGACUCUGUUCCUUCGCCGCCGAUACUCACUCUUAUUCAUCGGAUUUGUUCCUCCGGUGGGAUUGUAGCUCUCCAUGUGUUGUAGUAGUGUCUCUUAGGCCAAUGUUUUGGAGCUUAUAGACAAAUUCCGUGAAAACUUUGAGGGUUUUGAUUCGCCCACUGUAUCUGCUAGGGGGCCGCCUGUGGAAGAAAUAUGGGUGAGACUCUCAUCACCACCCUGUCUAUGGAGAACUAUCACCCGUCAACACUACUAUCCAUGGAUUCAGGUGCUUUUACUCAUGAAGAAUCAGAGAGGGAUAUAAAUCGGUCGCUCCUACUUACUGGACCGCCUGAUAUUAAUCUCCCACUCUCAUCUGAAGCAAGCCCAUCUCUGCUUUUGUGGAACGAACACUGUGACAUCUUAGACGUUGGACUCGGCCCUCAGCUAUAUGAGCCUGAGGCUGUUGUUCAUGUGCCUAAGGUUGCUAAGAAGUACAACAAGCGUGUUGAUAGUGCAUGGGGUGCUUGGCUUUUCUUCAGUUUCUACUUCAAACCUGUUUUGGAUGAGAAGUCCAAAAGUAAGUUAACGAGGGACAGCAAUGGCUUGUCCGGGUAUGAUAAAUCUGAUUUGCAGCUCGACUCCUUCUUGGUUCAGCAUGACAUGGAGAAUAUGUACAUGUGGGUGUUCAAGGAAAAGCCUGAAAAUGCCCUUGGCAAGAUGCAGCUUAGGAGUUACAUGAACGGACACUCACGCGAGGGUGAACGUCCUUUCCCUUUUAGUGUGGACAAAGGUUUUGUCCGCUCUCAUAGAAUGCAGCGGAAACAUUACCGUGGUCUCUCUAACCCACAGUGCCUCCAUGGAAUCGAAGUUGUUUAUUCACCCAACCUUUCUGUACUCAACGAGGAUGAAAAGAAGAAGUGGACAGAACUCACAGGUCGAGAUGUGAACUUUGCUAUUCCAGCUGAAGCUAGUGAUUACGGUUCAUGGAGGAAUCUCCCAAACACGGAAUUUGAGGCUGAGCGACCUCUUCCUCUGGUUAAAGCUAAUGGGCACACCCACCUGAAAAAGCUGAACGGUACCUGUCUGAACCUGUCUACACAUUCCCCAGACCAUGCAGUUGAUACAGUGGAAGUUCAACCCGCUGGUAGCAAUAAACGCAAAAGGGAUUGUCUUGCUCUAGGAAACUGCGAUGACUCGAGCUCAAGUGAGAAAUCUCUGGACAUGAAAAUUCAUGCAACGGAGCUACCUUGGUCAAAUGAUUUCAGCGGGGUGAUAAAAAAUGUCUAUGGUCCAGUCACAGCCGCAAAAACAAUAUAUGAAGACGACAAAGGGUUCUUGAUAGUUAUGAGCCUACCGUUUGUUGAUUCGGGGAGGGUGAAAGUGACAUGGAGGAAUACACCAACACAUGGAAUAGUGAAGAUAUCAUGUGUAAGUACAGCAUGUGAGCCAUUCAUCAAGAGACAUGAUAGAACAUUUAAGCUAACAGAUCCAACACCAGAGCAUUGCCCACCGGGAGAAUUUGUCCGCGAAGUCUCCCUGCCGAACAGGAUUCCAGAUGACGCAACACUUGAAGCUUACCGGGACGAAACAGGAACAACACUAGAGGUUUUAGUGCCUAAACACCGAAUGGGACCAGAGGAGCAUGAGGUUCGCGUCUGUCUCCGUCCGUUCGUGCUAGAGUGAGAUUGUAGCGCAUAACUUCUUUAAGGAUUUUAUUGGUUCAUAUGUAUCAUUGGAUUAUUCACAUUUAAUAAUAUUUCCCCCAUUUCAUUGUGUUCUUAAA